AUGAUCUUGGGCAGUAAACGGAAACUCAAACUGCUUGAUGGCUAUCAGUUGCCUGAAAUCGUUGUGGAUGGAAAUAUCAUUCCUUAUGUCAAUACCACUAAGCAUUUGGGUGUCCAUUUAUCCAGCGACCUUUCAUGGGAUGCCCAUGUGUCCCAGCUUUCUCGUAAGGCCUAUAUCACGCUGAAUAAUCUCAAGGACAAGAAAAAUGUUCUCUCUGAGUCGUGUCGCAAGCUUCUGGUUACUGCAACUAUCCUGCCGAUCAUUGAUUAUUGCUCCAUAGUCUUUUUAGAUUCUUCUAAGAGACUUGACAGUAAAUUACAGCGUAUUGUUAAUCGUGCCAUCAGAUUCAUCUUUAAUCUCAAGCGGGAUGAGCAUAUUACCCCCUAUAUUAUCCGCCGCAGAUUAAACUGGCUUAGUGUAAAGUCACGAAGGCACUAUUCCCUAGCUUGCUUCAUUUAUAAGCUAUUAGAAACUGGUGAACCUAAAUUUCUUCGUGGUAUGUUCAACUCUGAGGAUUCUGACAUUAGACGAUCUGAUCGACUUGCAGCUAAGAAAAACUAUGUCUCCUUCAAAAUGCCUAACUUCACCACUGUCACCUUUGAGCAUUCUUUUAUUGUGUCUAGCAUUCGUUUAUGGCAAGAGCUACCAAGUGAUAUUGUCAACUCUUAUUCCCUCGAGAGUUUCAAGAAUAAAGCUUUUGAAUUCUUCCUAAACCUUGGAUUAUCUAAUGGUUUAUAA